UUGACAUGCCGUCGGUGUUAUACUUGGCACCGUUGCAACUGCAAAAUUUUUGUGUUUAAUGGUGGCGACGACGAUUUGUGAGUCUGUGAUUGCUGGUGUUAAUUUGUCGACCAAAGUACAAUUCAAGAACAAUAUUGUGCUGAGCAAAAAAAUCAACAUGGCUAAAAACGGAAAUCAUUUCAGCGAAUCGCAUUUCGAGAAAAAGCUAAACAAUCUCAAGGAUACCCAAGAAAGCAUACAAGGGCUCUCAGCAUGGUGUCUUAGCCACAAAUCAGACUUGCAUCACAUCAUCAAAUGUUGGCUAAAGGCAAUAAAAAAGGGUAAACCCGAGCAAUGCCUUACAUUGUUCUACCUUGCCAACGAUGUCAUCCAAUAUAGCAAGAAAAAGAGCUUGUUAGACCUUGUUUCAGCUUGGGAAGUUGCAUUGAAAGAGGCCACACCAUAUGCAAGGGAGGAGAAAGUUCGUAGUCGUGUUCAACGGAUUUUCAAAAUUUGGGAAGAAAGAGAUGUUUACAGUACCUCGUUUGUUCAUGAACUCUCAAUUCUGUUAGAGGACCCAGUGGAAAUAGAAGAAAAAUCUUCUGUGGCACUGAGUUCUGAUUUUGAAACCAGCCAUCUUGUUGAAAAGAUCCACCAGUGUAGAACCCUUGAGGAGGAUACAGACCUGAAGCAAAGGACAUUAAAUGAAUCCAAGGUCAAAAUUACCGAAGUUGAUGCCCUCAGGGCUAGCGUAAAAGAGCGUCGUAAAACAGAUGAUUUUUUCAACGAGUUUGAUGCCAGCGUUGGGAAGAAUGGAAGAAUACGUCAAAGCCCUGGAACACAACGAGGAGAAUUUAAAGUAGUUUUCACGGCCUACAAGCAGUUCGGAAGUCGAGUCAAGGGGGUUAAGCGUAAGGUAGAGGAAAUGAUGCAUACUCUCCCCAAAACAAGUGAAACAAAUCGGGCUCCUUCGGACACUGCGGAUGCCCCGUCGCCCACGUCAUCAGUGGGUUCAGAUUUAGUACUCCCUGAUCCCCAUGUUACGCCAUCAGGGGCAGGUGGUAAUUAUAGAAAACCACAAGAAAGCCGAAAAUCUUUAGGCAUGGAUCUCGAUUCUAGGAUCACUUCAUUCUUGGCAGGAGGUUCACAAGCUCUUGCUGGCUCGUUUUUGGCAAGUCCCGUCAAAGCAGACUCUCCUCUCGUGCCACAAAGCAAGCCUGUACUGCCGGCUUCGGAUCCAUUUCCCUUUUAUCCUGGAGUUAACAGCCCUUUUGGCGACCUAGCAUCACUGCUGAUUGCUCCACCACCACCUCCACCACCACCCCCAUUGAUGCCGCCUCCCGUAUUUCAGGAUCUACCAAAACCAGAACCACCUCCACCGCCACCUGUAUCUCUACUUGGCCAAGAACCCUGGUCAAACAGCAGCCCGGUCCACCAUCCGCUACCCUCGCGAAUACCUUCAUGGAGCAUGGAUGAAUCUUUAAGCGAUAAUGGAAACAACAACAUUACUAUUCAUCACCCGUCAGCUUUCUUCCCAUCUCACGACGUUGAUCUCAGAAGUGGCCAGCGGCCUAUUGAUCACCGCAAUCUGAUUUCUCUAACAAGUGGCCCAGAUAAAGUAUUCGCCGCCGCCAAUUUCCGAUACUCAUAGCCACGUCGAACCUUCUGUGGGGGAAGAAGAAAUUUCCAGCUGGCUGAAAGACGUCUUGAAGGCCCAAGAAGCGAGGGAACGCAAACCUAGCGAUCUGAAUGAGCAAGUUUUAAAUCUUUUGGAUUCUUUCGAUCACGACAAAAGUAACUGCGUGAAAUUGCGGGAUGGACCAAUAGCCGAAGGAGCGCCAUCAGGAGCGAAAAAGAUAAUGAGUCUCGUUGAUUCUCAUCAUCUCUACUCCAGUCACAACAGCCGGAUACCAACAUCCAAUGCGUCUUUUGUCUGUGUUGAACAACCCCGUAAGGAGAUCCCUGUCGUUAAAGCCGAUCCUCCGGCAAAAGUACCCAGCUUAAUGGCCACCGUGCUAUAUCCGGAUCGAUCAUCCUUUAGCACAGCCGCAUCGGAUGGUAGCGCAAAUCGACAUCAGCCAUUUGAUCAGCAAUCGCCACACGCCCGAAACAACAGUAGCGCGACAGCAUCAUCGUCCCCGAACCCUUCGAGCCGUGGAUUCACCCCAUCACGUUUUUCCCGUCCGCCAUAUCCUCGCGGAUCUCGGUGGUAGCGGUCAUCUUUGUUGACUACGACAGUGUUGUCUAUAACGCUUGCUGGUUAUCAUGACUCGUGAAUUAAUUUUUUUUUUUGUUUUUUUAAACAAGCACAUCAUAAGGAAUGGCCCCGUCGGUGAAUUUCGGAUCUCUUCCUGACUUAGCAAUGUUAAUUUCUUUCUUCUUUGUUUUUUUUUUCUCCUCCUCCCCUCGAAUUGUUUAUGUGUCAUUUAUCUUUAACAAGUUGAAAUUGCUUCUGGCGUCAUAAGAAGGGUUCUUACUGUAUGGCGGCAUACAUCGUCAUUCGCUUGCCUAUUGUGUGUGUAUAUGUGUUCAUGGCAGAGCUAAUCGUACCGUUAAGUAAUCAAGGACUGAUAACUUUGGUGUUUCCUGUAGAAAAGACAUUGGAAAUAUCCAAACUGGAACGUGUCAGGUCAAAUGUAAGCAGGUUGUUUCCGAUGCCAGAGUAGAGAGUAAGUUCCUUUGGGGAGGUAGCAUGGUUAAAUUACACCGCAAGGUUGAUGAAACAUCAUGUUUGGUCAUUGUUCGUGAGCGCCUCGGCAUUUUAUUCCUCAUUAUCGUAAUUGUUCUUCCACGUUAAAGCGGGCUUUAAGGUACUUUUUUUUUUUCUCCCGAAGUUUGGAACAACAGAUUGUCGUACCAACUCGAUGCAAAUUUACUGCAAAAUGAAAGCGUAGCAUUUAGUUACCUUUUUUAAGGUUCUUGUAGGCGGAUUUUGUUUGUUUUUUCCCAUUAGAAUAAUUCAUUUUUUUUUUAUUUCUUUUUCAUUUUAGAAUUCCACUUAAAAGAAAAACGCUUUUCUCUUUACUAUGCGUCUCCGAAUUCGAUUUUUCUUUUCUUUUUUACGUCGCCGUGCAGUCGAAUAAGUACAAAUCGGAAUUUGGGUUUGACAACACGGAUUUUGCGGUCGUUUCUUUCACCGCAAAUACAAUGCGCUGCGGCCAUAUUUAACAGAAUUUCACGCUCGAUUUUGAUUAACCUUUUGACUUUUUUUUUUUUUAAAGAGCGUUGUUACCUUUUUUUUCAAAUAUUAUUAUUUUAUAUAUUUUUAAAAAAUUCCAAUAAAAAAUGUGUGGGUUGAUUUUCAGACUGCCAAAUGUUGAACAUUCACUACAAUUCGCACUUAUUCUCUCAAUAAUUUCUUGCCCUUUGAGAUAAGUACGUCAAAUCUUGGGAAAUGAUCUGCGAUAUCCGUCUCUCAACGUUGACGGAUAAUAUCGUUCGCACUUGUUUCACUCCACGCCAAAUCUUUGAUCUCGAUGUGUACCCCUCUUGUUUUAUUUCCAAUCCAGAUGAAGAUCACGUGUACUACAAAUAAUGUUCAAUCAUAUGCAAAUUGUUGUUGCUGUUUUCUUUUUAAUAUUUGGUUUCCCUCUUGUGAUAAAGUGAACAAUAAAGUCCACAUCUUUUAUUACGGGACCUGACAUGUGUGUUCCAGAUCCAUUGGAUUACAUCUUUUUUUCUGCGCCAAAAAAGCGGACCGAAGUUUUCGAAAUUUCUCAGGUGUAAAACAUAAAAUCGGAAUGUAAUGCAAAUCGAAAUUAAAAAGCAAUAACUGUUUCCUUGUUUUUAUGAUGUGUGUGUAAUCCACUUCAGCUGCUGGUGCCAUGUCUCUGUGAUAAGAGGAUAUUGUUGUAAUGGUUUGUAAUUGUUGCAAUAAAGAAAUAAUGCUGUUUCAUGUA